AUACAGGAAGUGAGGCACUGUCUUCGUGGUUACUGAGAGUAAAAUAGCACUCGAGUCGUUGUAAGAACUCGGUAAAUUACACGAAUCAACACGCUAAAGGGAGAUUGGACGCAGUUUUGGGACAAACAUGACAAAAUAUUAUUAUCAUUAUUAUUAAAUAAUAUUUUUAUGCUAAUUAGUCUGUGUGUUUUUUAGUGGUUUUAGUUGCUCUCUGUAUUCGUCUAAUUCGUUGAAAAAAAUAAUGACCAAACCUGUACCGGAAGUGGCGUAAAGAUCAACAUGGCAGCCGUUAAAUUUUUCCAUCAUUUUUCCUUGUAGGCACCCACGUCGCGUAUGCAGGGAACAAAAUACCAUACAUUUUUAAUGACAUGAUAAAUUAUGAGUCCAGAAGGAAUAUGAAAAAUCUAUCAUUUUGACUGCAUUAUAUUUUUACUCGGUAUUCAGCGACUGUGGACUUAUUGUAGCAUUCAGUCGUUGGGAAGUGUUGCCUGCAAGUACAAAUUUAGGGAUACACGACGAUAUGUUAGAAAGUCAACGCAGUGGAUCAGCCGGAGCCGAACUAUGAAGAUAUUAUUAGAGAAAGGUCGAUAUGGAGUACAUUGUGGUGCUAUAUAUUUUCCAAGUAUGUAUGUAGUAUGAAGAAACGGUGUAUUAUGAAGUGAUUUAAGAGGCUCCUCGACUAACAUGGCAACCGUGAGGAGGAUUCACGCGUGGUCGUCCCUCCUGCACCGAGCCUGCACACGCAACAGCCGGGCAGCAGCCUCGCUGGCCCCGGCGUGGACCAGCUGCAUUCCCCGGCACGGAGACGCCCCCGGGCCGCAGCGCAGCAGAGCGUUUGGCCUCUCUGGAUGCACCCUGAGGCGCUCUGACGACUUCACCGAGGACAGAGGUUUCACACAGCACGAUGAUGACGGAGAUGAGGAAGAAGACUCAAUGGAGGAGCAGGAGGCGGACGAGCUCUUCCGGGAGCUGCAGCCCCCCACGGCUCUGGCAGGGGGCCAACACCGGGUCUUUGUGGUCCACCCGGAUGUCAAGUGGGGAAGCAGGAAGCAGCACCUGACAACAGCCGAGCUGAUGAUGGCCGAGGCCGUGGCUCUGGUCAACACGCUGGACAAGUGGUCGGUGGUGGACGAGCUCAUCCUGUCCACCAAGACCCCGGAGAAGAAAAAGAUCUUUGGCAAAGGGAACUUCCAGAUGCUCACAGAGAAGAUCAGACGGACGGCGGGCGUCACCGCCGUUUUGGUCAACGUGGAGCGUCUCUCGCCGUUGUCCGAGAGGGAGCUGGAGGACGCGUGGGGGGUGAAGGUGUUUGACCGAUACUCGCUGGUGCUGCACAUCUUCCGCUGUAACGCCAAGACCAAAGAGGCCAAGCUGCAGAUCUCGCUGGCCGAAAUCCCUCUGCUAAGGUCGCGUCUGAAGAAGGAAUUCCUCGGCUUGGACCAGCAGGGCGGAGGCGCUCGUUACAUCGGAGGCUCAGGCGAGACGCAGCUGGAGGUGCAGCAGAGGCUGCUGAGGGAGCGCGAGAUGAAGAUCCGCUCGGCGCUGGACAAGCUGAGCAGGAAGCGCCGACUGCUCCGCUCCCGCCGGAAGCACAAGGAGUUCCCGCUGGUCUCCGUGCUGGGGUACACCAACUGCGGUGAGAGCCGACCUGCGCACGGUCCACCGGGACGUCCGCUCCAGUGCGCUUUUCUUCGUUUGUUCAUUUCGAUCCAAUACACGUUCCGUAUCACGUACGGCGUUGCGUCUCCAGGUAAAACGACGUUGAUCAAAGCGCUGACGGGCGACGCGGGGCUGCAGCCGCGAGACGGGCUUUUCGCCACGCUGGACGUGACGGUGCACGCGGGCCGGCUGCCCGGCCGCGUGACGGUCCUCUACGCGGACACCAUCGGUUUCCUGUCGCGGCUGCCGCAUCGGCUGAUCGACUCGUUUGCCGCCACGCUGGAGGACAUCAAGCACUCGGACGCGUUGAUUCACGUGCGCGACGUGAGCCAUCCGGAGAACGUCAACCAGAAGGCCAACGUGCUGAGCGUCUUGAGGGACCUCCGCGUGCCCGACGCGCUCAUGAACUCCGUGAUUGAAGUCCACAACAAGAUCGACCUCAUUGACGACUACGAGGCGACGGAAGCCGACGCCGUGGCCGUCUCGGCCCUGGAGGGGCGCGGCCUGGAGGCGCUGGCGGCGGCGGUGGAGCGCCGCGUCGUGGCCGCCACGGGCAAACGCGUCCUCAGCCUGAAGGUGGACCUCAGCACGCCGCAGCUAAGUUGGCUGUACAGGGAGGCCGCCGUGCAGGACGUGAGCGUGGACGCCGACGAGGGCUCGGCCGUCGUCGAGGUCGUCAUCGGCAACGCCGCCUACGGACGCUACAGGAAGAUGUUUGGCUAGCGGCGCGCGCCAUGAAGAUUUGAUGCUAACACCCACGACUGAUUGUAUGUAUAAAAAAAAAAAAAAAAAAAAAAACCUAAAUAAUAAAAUGCUGCCAUUAUUACAUAA